CUGUUAUUAGAUGGCAUGCGCCAACUUCCUCUAAUCAGAAGACGACGUAUAUCCGCACUGUCUGAACGGACGGAGUUAUAUUAUUGUUGUCAUUGCAGGCAGAGUAGGGUUUGUUUUUUGUAUCCUUGCCACGUGUACCCGAACGCAUUAGCGUGAAUGCCCCACUAUUCUGUGAUAAUUAUAUGAGGAGGAUUGCAAGGUUUCCAAUCCUGUGAUGGAUCCGCGGGUGGCAGAGCUUUUCGGUACUGGUUCCGGAUUGAUGGCUGGGCCGCAGGGACUAUGUUCGGGUUCGGGCAAUGGUUUGAGUUUUAUGUCAAAAAAAUCCUACGCGAAAAACAGCAAAAAAGUAAAAAACCGUUCAACAAGGAAUACGAAACCCAGCAACAACCCGCCUUAUCUACCCCCUGAGGCUGAAGAAGGAAAUAUAGAGUACAAGUUGAAGCUGGUGAACCCCACGCAGUACCGCUUCGAGCACCUGGUGACGCAGAUGAAGUGGCGGCUGCAGGAGGGCCGCGGGGAGGCGGUGUACCAGAUCGGGGUGGAGGACAACGGCCUGCUGGUGGGCCUGUCUGAGGAGGACAUGCGAGCCUCGCUGAAGACACUCCGCAGGAUGGCUGAGAAGGUUGGUGCUGACAUCGCAGUCAUCAGAGAGAGAGAGGUAGACUAUGACUCGGACAUCCCCAGAAAAAUUGCGGAGGUUUUAGUGAGGAAAGUUCCAGACGACCAGCAGUUCCUGGACCUGCGGGUGGCAGUGCUGGGGAACGUGGACUCGGGCAAGUCCACCCUGCUGGGUGUGCUGACGCAGGGAGAGCUGGAUAACGGGCGGGGGCGGGCGCGCCUCAACCUCUUCAGACACCUCCACGAGAUCCAGUCUGGCAGGACCUCCAGCAUCAGCUUUGAGAUCAUGGGCUUCAACAGCAAAGGGGAGGUGGUAAACUACAGCGAGUCACGGACAGCAGAGGAGAUCUGUGAGAGGGCCUCCAAAAUGAUCACCUUCAUCGACCUGGCAGGGCACCACAAGUACUUGAAAACAACCAUCUUCGGCCUGACCAGCUACUGCCCUGACUUUGCCAUGCUGGUUGUUGGUGCUAACACAGGCAUAGCUGGCACGACGCGAGAGCACCUGGGCCUGGCCAUGGCUCUGAAGGUGCCCAUCUUCAUAGUGGUCAGCAAGGUGGACCUGUGCACCAAGAACACCACUGAGCGCACGGUCAAGCAGCUGGAGAGGAUCCUAAAGCAGCCCGGCUGUAACAAGGUCCCCAUGCUGGUGGCCACUGCGGAUGACGCCGUUACUGCCGCCCAGCAGUUUGCACUGUCCCCCAGUAUCACGCCGAUUUUCACACUGUCAAGCGUUUCGGGUGAAAACCUGGACCUGCUGAAGGUUUUCUUCAAUAUCCUCCCGCCCCUGAGCAACAGCAAGGAGCAGGAGGAGCUGAUGCAGCAGCUGACAGAGUUCCAGGUUGAUGAAAUCUACACAGUACCAGAAGUAGGAACAGUUGUUGGAGGUACCCUGUACAGUGGUAUCUGCCGGGAGGGUGAGCGGCUGGUGGUGGGCCCCACUGAUGAUGGGAACUUCCUGGAGCUGAAGGUGUGCAGCAUCCAGAGGAACCGCUCAGCCUGCAGGGUGCUCCGGGCCGGCCAGGCAGCCACGCUGGCACUGGGCAACUUCGACAGGUCCCUGCUCCGCAAGGGCAUGGUGAUGGUGAGUCCUGAGAUGAACCCCACAAUAUGCUGGAUGUUCGAAGCAGAGAUCGUGCUGCUGUUCCAUGCCAAGACUUUCAGAAAGGGCUUCCAGGUCACUGUCCACGUGGGCAACGUCCGACAGACGGCCAUUGUUGGGUGCUUGCAUGGAAAGGAUGAGCUGCGGACAGGGGAGAAGGCUGUAGUGCGUUUCAAGUUCAUAAAGCACCCGGAGUACUUGAAAGUCGGCGCCAAAUUACUCUUCCGAGAGGGAGUAACGAAAGGGAUCGGACACGUCGCCAGCCUGCACCCUCUCUUCAUGAACCAAUACAACUAGGAAGCGCGCAGAGAAGAUAGAGAAUUGAAAAAGGAAUCGGAAAAGCUCCACCAGACCUCCUUGUCGAUACCACAGCCCUGAGCAGGGAGCACAGAGUGGAGGAUCAAGGAGGGUUCUUAUUUUGCACAGCCCUGUAUUUUAGUCUACAGUUGUCUUGCCUUGUUUCUGAGUCUGUCACGUCAAUGCAGUCCUCCCAAUAACUUGCUCAUCGUUCCACACAGAGCGCUUUAAUACUGCAAGGAAACGAGGAACCAGUUUCCAAAUGUUUUUAAUCAUUUUUUUUUGUACAACUUUGUAGUAGCUUGGGUUCAGCCUCUUCAUUUUAGUUUGGGAUGUGCUUUGUAUGAACGUAAACUUUCUGCCUUGUUCUCUUUUGAGCUUUUAACUUUGUUUUUUUUAUAUUUCUACUGAGAUUUUUGUCAAGCAAUCUACAAAGAAAAGUGUAGAGGUGCUGUAACAAGCAUCUCCAACAGAGAUCCUGUCUGAGCAAGGCAGAAACCAGAACGCUGAAUACCUGUGACUGGUAACAACACUGACCUUGCUGAAAAGUCAAAAACAACGUCCUGGCAAUGCAGAUUGAAAUAAGGGUUUUACUGCUUUUAAUAGUUGGGGGGGGGGGGGUGAAAAACAAACAUUAACAAUGUUACUGAUAAGAAAAAUAAAAAACUAGCUAAGAAAAAUUAGCUAAGAAGCACGUCCAAUUUUCGUGUCACCUCUCUCUCUCUCUCUCUCUCUCUCUCUCUCUCUCUCUCUCUCUCUAUAUAUAUAUAGAUAGAUAGAUAGUCCUUUGAUAAAGUCCUUCAGUGUUUCUCACUUUAAGGUUAAUUUUCACUUUGCCAAUGGAAAUCAAUAUUAAACUAUUAUGUGAAAUGUUGACAAGAUUUUUAGGAUUUAAAAGCAGAGCGCUUGUCUGUGGUGUGGGGGUGGGGGGUUAAGUAUUUAAAUGCUCCAAGUUAAAUCUUUGAUUUGAAGCAGUUUAGGAAGGUUAACCCAGUUUCUCACAGUGCCCAAUCAAGAAGGAACAAUGUCACAAGUACUUAAACGGAUGGUAAGAAGUUUGUGUUACGGGCAGAGCCUCGCAAUAGUGCAAUGUUCUCUUCUCCUGUACCUCCUGGUACUAACAAAAUAGAAUGCCACAACAGCAAAGAUUAUCACGUGGAUUUCUAUUAUAUGUAUUUGAAUGCAGUUUUGUUUGAUUCUCAUGGAAAAGAUGCUCAACCAAAUAGCAGCUCUUUAGACUGAACUGUCUGCUUAGGUAAAGUAUUGCUUCAUCUGUAUGUAUGUUGUCCACAGUUCUGAUUCUGAGAUGUUACUAGCAGCUGAAGGAUUCAUUGCACCGAAUUGCUUCAUAAUUUUUUUGUUCAUUUACAUUGUUUCAGUAUGACUGCUAAUGUUGUAUGAAGGAGAUAUUGUUCAUUUCACUUUGUUUGAUAUCAGGACAUUGACGAAGA